CUUGAAGAGUGUUUGAAGAGGGUUCUCUUUGUAAUCCAUCUUCUUGGUUCAUUCUUGCAAGCUAUUAGGAGCCAUUGGUGGUACUCAUAUCCCAUGUGUGGUUAGUUCUAGUGAACAACCCAGAUAUAUUGGAAGAAAAGGAUAUCCCACUCAAAAUAUAAUGGUUGUAUGUGAUUGGGACAUGUGUUUUAUUUUUGCAUUACCGGGGUGGGAAGGCAUUGCACAUGAUGCUCGUGUAUUUGAAAAUGCUCUCACAACAGCCUCAAUGAAUUUCCCACAUCCACCUCCAGGAAAAUAUUAUUUGGUGGAUGCUGGCUAUCCAACACCAGUUGGCUAUAUUGGUCCAUAUAGAUCUGAACGCUACCACCUUCCAGAUUUUAGACGCUCAACUGGAUUUGCAAGCAACAAUGAAGUGUUCAAUUAUUAUCAUUCGAGUUUACGAUGCACAAUAGAAAGGACUUUUGGGGUAUGGAAAAAUAGAUUUGCAAUGUUACGUUGCAUGCCUAGUUUUAAAUUUGAGACACAAGUACAAAUAGUUAUUGCGACGAUGGCUAUUCAUAACUUUAUUCGAAGGAAAUCAGCUAUUGAUUCUUCUGAUUUCAUGCACUUUGAAGAUGAAGAUAUCCUUGAAAAUGACAAUGACAAUCAAGUUGGUGAGAAUCCAUCCAUAACUGUUGCCUCUUCGACAGAAAUUGAUUUUGUUCGGAAUUCAAUUAGAGAUCAAAUUGUAGAGAGCAUGCAAAAUCAUUAGUUUGUGUAUUUGUACUUUGAACAUGUAAUCUAUUUAUUAUCCAAGCACCAUCUGCCCUAUGAUGUGAUGAUUU